CGAGCUGCUGCUGGUGGAAGAACUGCUAUAAAGAGGUCAUUUCAAAGCAGGUUGGGUUCAAUCUUCGGAGGAGAGACACGGUGGUCCUCACUCGGUUGAGUAGCAGCAGCCGCCAGGUUGGGAGAAAUCGGUUGGAGAAGUGGAUGAGGCGGCUCGUUUGUAGGAUUUGAACCCUUUUCUUCUCCUCAACCCUUGUUAAGUUGGAGCCAGCCAUGGGUGGAGGUGGUGUGGACAGGUUAGUAAAGUCUCUGCUGUUGCUUCUGCCAGUGCUGCUGUGCUGUGAAGCACUGCGAGAGAGUUGGCAGCCUGGAAACUACACCAACAGCACAGCUGACGCGCAGAGGUUCCUCAGAGAUUACAACAGCACUGCUGAGGAGGUGUUCUUCUUCAGCGUGUCAGCCAGCUGGAACUACGACACAAACCUAACGGAUUAUAACUCCAACCUCCAGGUUAGUGCAGCUCUAGAGGAACAAGCCUUCACUGAGGCCUGGGGGAAGAAGGCCAAGCAGGUCUUUUCUAAUGAGCUUCUUGACUUUGAAGACAAGAGGCUGAUGGAGGGCAUCAUGCUGCUGGGACCUGCCAACCUUCCCCAGAAGGAAAGAGAGGAGUACAACACCAUUCUCAGCAUCAUGCAACGUAUUUAUUCAACAACUAAGGUACACCCACGGCCAAACAUAAGCUGGAGCCUGGAACCUGAGCUAACAGACAUCAUGGCCAAAUCCAGGAGCUACAAGACGUUGCUCUACGUUUGGGAAGCCUGGCACAAUGACUCCGGCGUGCCUAUAAAGGAGUACUACCCCAGGUUUGUCGAGCUCAGCAACAAAGCCUCUAGAGGAGAUGGAUUCAAUGACACUGGAGCAGAGUGGCGCUCUUGGUUCGAGUCUCAAACUUUUGAGCAGGAUAUAGAAAAGCUCUACAGGACCAUCGAGCCACUUUACCUGAACCUGCAUGCAUUUGUGCGCCGCAAGCUCUACAACUUCUAUGGACCCAGAUAUAUCAACCUGAAGGGACCGAUUCCUGCACACCUGCUGGGAAAUAUGUGGGCCCAGACCUGGAACAACAUCUUUGACAUGAUGGUCCCAUUUCCUGACAAACCCAACCUGGAUGUGACAGCUGAAAUGGUUAAACAAGGCUACAAUGCUACACACAUGUUCCGUGUGGCCGAGGAGUUCUUCACCUCCUUGGAUUUAGCAGAAAUGCCUGAAGAAUUCUGGGAAGGUUCUAUGCUUGUUAAGCCGGAGGAUCGAGAGGUAGUGUGUCACGCGUCUGCCUGGGACUUCUACAACCGCAAAGACUUCAGGAUUAAGCAGUGCACCACAGUGACCAUGGAGCAGUUCAUCACUGCUCACCAUGAGAUGGGACACAUUGAGUAUUUCUUGCAGUACAAGGACCAGCCUGUGGGCUUUCGCGAUGGAGCCAACCCCGGAUUUCACGAAGCCAUCGGCGAUCUUAUGUCACUUUCUGUUUUGACCCCAAAGCACCUGCACAAAAUUAACCUGCUAGAAUCUGCUACCUCUGACGAAGAAACUGACCUCAACUUCCUGUUGAAUAUGGCUCUGGAGAAGAUUGCCUUCCUUCCUUUUGGCUACCUCAUUGACCAGUGGAGAUGGGGGGUGUUUGAUGGGCGCACCACUCCUGAUAAAUACAACUCUGAGUGGUGGUACCUCAGAACCAAAUACCAAGGAAUUUGCCCGCCCACCAAGCGUACAGAGGACCAAUUUGAUCCUGGUGCAAAAUUCCACAUCCCUGAUAAUUAUCCAUACAUCAGCUAUUUUAUCAGCUACAUCCUGCAGUUCCAGUUUCACGAGAAGCUGUGUGAAGCAGCCCAUCACACUGGCCCUCUGCACACAUGUGAUAUCUACCAGUCUGCAGAAGCAGGAGCCAUUCUAAAGAAAGUUCUUCAGGCUGGCUCUUCCAAACCUUGGCCUGAUGUGCUCCAGGAGGCCAUUGGCACCAGAGAGAUAAAUGCCAACUCACUAAUGAAAUACUUUGAGCCUGUAACAAAGUGGCUGCAAGAACAAAAUGUGAAAGAGACCCUGGGAUGGCCUGAAUUUAACUGGGUCCCACCUAUUCCUGAGGGCUACACAGGAGAUGGUCAAGAAUACUGAUGUGGUCCAUUCAAAGAAGUCAUGUGAAGUGAUGUAGAACAGACUUCACUGAAUCCCAAGAGGGAGGCCAUGGCGAGAAGUUGUCUGGAGUCUCUGAACUCUUGCUGCUGCAGCUCUUUAGCUUCAUUGUACAUCUAUGAUAUUCUUUGUACGAAUAAAUAAAACAAAUAAAUUGA